AUGGUGAUCAUAGCUCUUACAUUAUCUAUUUUGACUGCUGCUCCGUUUUCUCUGUGUGCUCUUCUGCUGAUCACGUUUUCUUCUCUCCUUCCGUACCUCCUCUUCUUCAUCCUCCUCCUCCUCCUCUCCUCCUCCCGCCACUGCUCCCUUCUCCCUCUCCCUCCUCCGCCCCGCCUCUCCUUCUCCUUUGGAAACCACUCUUCUUAUAGGGAGAGACUAGUGGUUAGAUCUGAAGCUGGAUGGAUGGUUAUGGGGAAAGGGGCAAGCGCGAAAGCCCUCGGACUGACCCAGUUCUUCCUCUUGUGGCUCUCCAUCUUCCCCGCAGCCAUGUCUCCAUGCAAGAUCAUGAAGUGCAACUCUGAAUUUUUGGCCGCAACCUCGGGGACACAGCCCCCGGCCGCUGAGGAUGCUCCUGAGUUCUGCACUGCCUUGCGCGCCUAUGCCCUCUGCACCCACCACACAGCUCGCACCUGCCGGGGAGACCUCUUCUACCACUCUGCGGUCCACGGCAUCGAUGAUCUCAUGACCCAACACAACUGCUCCAAAGAUGGUCCCACCUCCCAGCCUCGCCUCCCCCCGCUGCCUCGGGGCGACAGCCAGGAGCGCUCAGACAGCCCUGAGAGCUGCCACUAUGAACGUAGCUUCCACAAACACUCCUUGCGCCCCAACUACACCCACUGUGGGCUGUUUGGAGACCCCCACCUGCGGACGUUUUCGGACAGCUUCCAGACGUGCAAAAUCCAAGGGGCCUGGCCGCUCAUUGACAACAACUACCUGAAUGUGCAAGUCACCAACACUCCUGUCUUGCCUGGCUCCCUGGCAACAGCCACCACCAAGCUCACUAUCAUUUUCAAGAGCUUCCAGGAGUGUGUGGAACAAAAGGUGUACCAAGCAGAGAUGGAUGAACUCCCAGCAGCCUUUGCUGAUGGCUCAAAGAAUGGCGGUGACAAGCAUGGUGCCAACAGCCUGAAGAUCACCGAGAAGGUCUCUGGCCAACACAUUGAGAUCCAGGCCAAAUACAUUGGCACCACCAUCGUAGUGAGGCAAGUUGGUCGCUACCUCACUUUUGCCGUCCGGAUGCCAGAGGAGGUCGUGAAAGCUGUGGAGGACGGAGACAACCAGGGCCUCUAUCUUUGCCUCCGGGGUUGUCCACUCAACCAGCAGCUAGACUUCCAUGCCUUUCCUCCCACCCCUAAGGCUACUGAAAACCGCCCUCCCCGGAAAGGCUCGAAUCCACCUUCUUCACCCGAGGUCUUCACCUACGAAUCAGCCACAGUCAAAUGCAAAGAGAAGCUCCCGGUUGAGGAUUUGUACUUCCAGUCCUGUGUGUUUGAUCUCUUGACAACUGGUGAUGUCAACUUCACCCUGGCUGCUUAUUAUGCUUUUGAAGACGUCAAGAUGCUCCACUCCAACAAAGACAAGCUUCACCUCUUUGAAAGGACACGAGACUUGGAGUCAGGCGUUACGGCCACCUCCGAGCUUUCCAUGGCUCUGUUUCUUUCCCUCUUGGCAUUCCUAUGCUUGAAUCAAAGUCCGUCCCUUUUCUUGUAGACUGGCCCAGACACACUUGGUGGUGGAGCUGGGAAACUGAGGACCACUGUUACAGUUUGGGGCAGGUGUGAAAUGGAAGCAACCGGGGAUUGUGUUGACCCAGGUCACGUCUAGAAAACAUGACUUUGGCUCUUCCUGUCAACGUCUUCCUCUCAACAAAGGCUUCCUCUAUGUGGAAGGCUGGUCAAGGGCCACAUCAGCCACCCAUCCCCUUCUUCCAGUUGCUACACACGAUGCAGACCUUUGCCUUCUCACUUUUCUUGAAUGCCUUUUUCACUGGCAGUGGCAUUUGUAUAAUAGUGUUUGGAGAGGCAACCGUUGCUUUUGGACUGUGCAUAUAGUGGCUUGGAGAUGACCAUUCAAAGAAUCCCUAAAUGGGCCAGACAUGGGCACAGUCCCACGGCCUUUGGGUGGGGGGUGAUUUGUCUGUUUUUGCAUCCUGCUCAUGAAAAAUGGAUUCGCGUGGUUGCAUCCUUGUGCAUGGGAGCCUGCUGGUGCACACUUCUCUCCAGAUUGGCUUGGGCAGCUGCUGGCAGCUGCUCCUGGAUGGGUGGGUGUAUCGAUGGUAUUUCCCUCCACUUCCAGAGGAAUGGUGCCUAGGAGCCAAUCUGCAAGGUUUUGAUUGUCCAUUUGCCUCCUCUGGGCAGACAUCACCCUCACAAACUCAUUUCCUUCCUUGCUCACUCCAUUUCGGUCUCCUUCAUAGAAAAUGGCUUCCUUUCGCUUUAGCCAAGAAUGAAUGGGGGAGGAAUGGGAGGGUCAACCUGGUUUCAUGGGCAAUGUGAGCAGAUUGUGUUUUCUUUCCAACUCUUGGGUGUGGUUUGAGAACCACAAUGUUUGUCCUGUUUUCAAACUCGUUGUCCACUCCUAUUCUACAUAGGAAAAUAAGCUAGGGAACUAGGCCAGUAUUACUCCAGCUGUGCCACCACUAGGUGCAAAUCCUCUGGUUGACAUAAUCCUCAAGUCUUUCAUUUU